CACACACACACACACACACACGAGCUAGCGCUAGCAACAGCAACGAGAGGAGCAUCACGCAGUGUUCGGGGAUCACGUCAGCGGCGGAGAAGCUGCAGGAAAAAACACUUAAAGACAAACCGGCGCAUGUGUCUGUGAGUCCUGGGGAUUCACAAUGUUGAACCCGACCAAUGGUGACCCGGGCCACGUUGUUGUGAAUUAUGUUGAGGAGUAUCUGGACCUGGUGGAAUCGCUUCCCUUUGACCUGCAGCGGAGUGUGUCGCUCAUGAAGGAGAUCGAUGCCAGGUAUCAAGAUGUUCUGAAGGAGCUCGACGAUGCUUACGAACGGUAUCGCAGGGAAUCCGACUCAGUUCAGAGGCGCAAGCUUCAGUUAUCGAUUCAGAGGGCACUGAUCCGGAGUCAAGAGCUCGGAGAUGAAAAGAUCCAGAUUGCUGGUCAGAUGGUGGAGUUGGUUGAGAACCGAACACGACAGAUCGACUGGCACUCUGAGCUUCUCGUCUCCUCUCAAGAAGUCCCCGAGAGCCACGUUCCCACAGCAACAGUCAUGACAACCACGGCAGCAGCCAUGACGCCCACUUCAUCAGCCGCCAUCACGCCAGGCAAACCCGGCCACCUCGACAAGAAGCGCGAGGAAGUGACACCGAGCUCUGGUAGUGCGGACAAAUCUGGAGGGAAGCGCUCGAGGCGCCAGAAAAAUGGAGAAACUCGCGAAAGCUACGGGGUUGUGGAUCACCCUGAAGAGGCGGGAGCGGGGGCGUCUCGGGAAAAACGCGCCAAAACAUCGUCCAAGAAGAAGAAACGGUCAAAAGGAAAGUCUGAGAGAGAAGUGUCGCCUCCAGACCUGCCCAUUGAUCCAGAUGAGCCGACCUACUGCCUGUGUGAGCAGGUGUCCUACGGCGAAAUGAUUGGUUGUGACAACGACGAAUGUCCCAUUGAGUGGUUUCACUUCUCCUGCGUCGGGCUCCAUCAUAAGCCCAAGGGAAAGUGGUACUGCCCUAAGUGUAGAGGUGAGAAUGAGAAGACCAUGGACAAGGCCUUAGAACGGGCCAAAAAGGAGAGGGCAUACAACAGGUAGCUCCUUCUGCCCGACCCUACGAACACUGCUGCGUUGAAUUUUAUUUGAUGUCUCGUCUUGGUUUCCAUUUACUGUUAACACUGUUUGAACAUUGACGAGAGGGGUCUUGUACAUAGUUAUUUUUGUAGCUGCUGCAUAGCUGAGAAACAUGAUUGCUCUCUAAAUUCUGUAAAGAAUUGCCACAGUACAGUACAACUGCAUGUUUGUAACCAACCCCUUGUUUUCACUUACCCCACUCCAUUAUAUAUACUCAACAAAUAAAAGACUUCAAAACAUAUAA